CCGGUGAAGUCUGCGAUGGAGGACCCUCCAGCCUGCUUAUGUUGAAUCGUGUGUUUUUCAGUGAUCGGUUCUUGACUACUUUUUUAAGGGUUUUUAGCCGAGCACGUUUACCAUCUCCAUUAUUUUCGUUAUAUUCAGACGAAGCUAAAAUGGAUGCCCAAGAAGCAGAAGAACUUAAGAAGAAGCGUCAGUUCCGCAAGUUCUCCUACCGCGGCGUGGAUCUGGAACAGCUUCUUACCAUGAAUUUACAACAGAUUACGCAGUUGCUACCUUGUCGAGCCCGACGAGUAAUCAAGCGCGGAUCCAAACAUAAGAAAACUGGCCUUAUGAAGAAACUCAGGAAUGCUAAGAAGAACUGCGCACCGUUGGAGAAACCUGAAGCGGUGAAAACCCAUCUGAGGAAUGCCAUUAUUCUUCCCGAAAUGGUUGGCUGUAUAAUCGGUAUUCACAAUGGCAAAGUGUUCAACCAAGUUGAAAUUAAGCCCGAAAUGAUUGGCCACUAUCUGGGUGAAUUCAGUAUGACGUACAAGCCAGUUAAGCACGGACGACCUGGUAUCGGAGCCACGCAUUCGUCUCGCUUUAUUCCUUUGAAGUAAUCUGGUUGUCAUACAUUUUUAAUGUGAACUCGAACGGCUUUCGAUGUUAUUGAAGCAUAAUUAAAAUGGGAAUGCGAA